AUGUCAUCUGCUGCGGAGAAGGAGCUCAACAAGCCGCCCGCCGAUUGCCAGGGUCCUAUGAUUCCCAACCCCAACGAUGGCACUUCCACAGGGGAAACAGAGACAAUGGUAGACGAACCCCAGCUACAAGCGCAGCCCGUGAACGGGGACUCCCCUGGGCGCUCCGCUACGGCAAGUCGAUCACCUAAACAGCAUCGUACCUGUGUAGGAAGGAGGGUAACAGCACGCCCAUCGCCGCACCAAUCUUCCAAUUCUCUAAACUGGCUCAGCAGUCAAAUCAAUAGCCUUAACUUUGACACGGUUAUUCAAGGCGACGAUGACCCCGAAAUCCGGCACCAUAGCAGCGACGAAAACCCAUAUGCCCAACGUUCGCUGCUCUCGAAAGUCCUCGACUGGCUACAACAGGAGAAAGCCAAGUCUGUAGCGCGUGCCUCAAAGAGAACUAGGGGGUCGCAGGGCCCCUUACCAGGUAUAACCACUGGAGAGACAGCCUCAGCCUUAACUCGAGAGAGAAGCGACUCUCAAGCGUCGGAGGGAAUGUUAGCCCUGGAGAAGUUGGAGCAGAUAUUAGCGCAAUAUGCGGCUACUGGGAAAGAGGGCAUUUCAUCUUCACGGAUCGGACGUAAGAGAUCGUCUUCUCUCAAACUCCGAGCUAGCAUUAGAGGUUUAAAACAGGGUUCAACAUCCGAUUCAGAUUUUUCAGAUGCUGAUCUACCACCCCCCAGUGCCGAUGUUGUCCUUGACAACUCCAAAACCGCUUUUUAUGGCGGAAGCGAAGCAGAUAAUGAUUUCGGAAACAAGAAUUCGUCAAACGGCGUAUCCACUAAGAGCAAAGAACAUUGGUUGAAGUUUAAAUAUGAGAUCUUGCGCUUGACACACACGCUAAGCCUCAAGGGCUGGAGAAGAAUUCCCCUGGAAGACUGUGGUAACAUUGAAGUGGUUCGCCUCAGCGGAGCGUUAACAAAUGCUGUAUAUGUUGUCUCUCCGCCCAAACAAUUACCCCCUCCUUCUGAUUCGAGUAAUUCGAGCUCAUUGAUGCGUAGAAGCACUCCCCCACAACUCCUUCUGCGCAUCUAUGGGCCCCAAGUGGAACACUUGAUCGAUCGGGAGAGCGAACUCCAGAUUCUGCGCCGUCUGGGGAAACGGAAUAUCGGCCCCCGGGUCCUUGGGACGUUCAAAAAUGGCCGCUUCGAACAGUAUUUCCGUGCAAAAACCCUCACGCCUAGAGACAUCCGCAACCCAGAAACUUCCGAGCAAAUCGCUAAGCGGAUGCGGGAACUGCAUGAAGGGAUCGAACUACUCUCAGAAGAGAGGGAAGGUGGUCCAUUUUUGUGGAAGAACUGGGACAAAUGGCUAGAGCGGUGCGAACAUGUUGCCUCGUGGCUGGAUAGCGAAAUCAACUCUCCGCUCAACGAGUCCAAGCUCGAAGCAGAACCGUGGCGACAACUUGGUUUUAUAUGCGGUGCCCCAUGGCCAAAGUUCCGGAAAUUGGUUGAAUCUUAUCGCAAUUGGUUGGAUACAUGCUAUGGCGGGGCAUCUGAAAUUAACAAGCAGCUUGUGUUCUCUCAUAACGACACACAAUAUGGCAACCUUCUUCGGCUUGAGCCAAGUGGAGAGUCCCCUCUUCUGCUCCCCGCCAACAAACAUAAGCAGCUUGUAGUUAUCGACUUUGAGUAUGCUUCAGCGAACCCUCGAGGGCUGGAAUUCUGCAACCACUUCACGGAGUGGUGCUAUAACUACCAUGAUCCAGAAAGUCCAUGGGCCUGCAAUACGAAAUGGUAUCCUACCCCGGAAGAACAGGAACGAUUCAUUCGCGCAUAUCUCACCCAUCGGCCACACAUCUUCCACCCACCAGAAACUCGCGGCACCCAGUCCGCGCUCAGCUCCGCGACAGUUUCGGUGAGUGCAUCUUCAAGCCCAGCGCCAACUCCAGCAUUUCAAGCGUCGCAUUCCAAUAGUCCUCGGAUAUCUCCUUUCACACUAGACACUCAAGUCCCGCCGAUCCCCACCUCGUCUGCCCUGGAUCACGAGAGAGCCGAGCAAGAACUCGACUUGGAAGUUCGACGUCUUCUCCGCGAAACUCGUCUUUGGCGUGCAGCGAAUUCCGCACAAUGGGUAGCGUGGGGGAUCGUCCAGGCUAAGAUCUCGGGGAUGGAAGAAGCACACUCUCCCUCGUCUGCUACUUCUGAGGAACAGCCAGUCCUAGGAAGGGGAGAAGGAGACACACCAGCGGGUGAUACUACUGAAUUGGAUCGCAAGAGAGAGCAACCCAGUGACACGGUCAAUGAACCUGCGGGUGAGUUUGAUUAUCUUGCUUAUGCUCAGGAUCGGGCACUCUUUUUCUGGGCGGAUAUUUUAUCGCUUGGGCUUAUAAAAGAGGGCGACCUCCCCCCUGACAUGGCUGAGCGAAUCAAGGGGCAUAUUAUUGGGUAUUGA